GGAGCCUGCGGAAGGCGGCGGCCGCGGCUGCGGCGGCGGCGGCGGCGGCGGCAUCUGCGAGCCAAGGCCCAGGCAGGGUAUGGUGGCGCCGACGGCCUUGUAAGAGCGAAGUUACCGCGGGGCCCGCCAUGCGCCGGCGGCCCUGACAUGGGCGCCAGCGGCUCCAAAGCUCGGGGCCUGUGGCCCUUCACCUCGGCUGCGGGGGGCGGCGGCCCAGAGGCGGCGGUCGCUGAGCAAGCUUUGGUGCGACCGCGAGGCCGAGUCGUGCCCCCCUUCGUAUUCACGCGCCGCGGCUCCAUGUUCUAUGACGAGGAUGGGGAUCUGGCUCACGAAUUCUAUGAGGAGACAAUCGUCACCAAGAACGGGCAGAAGCGGGCCAAGCUGAGGCGGGUGCAUAAGAACCUGAUUCCUCAGGGCACCGUGAAGCUGGAUCCCCCCCGCAUCCACGUGGAUUUCCCUGUGAUCCUCUAUGAGGUGUGAGCCUGGGGGGUGGCAGGCAUAAACACCCCCUGCCCCAGCAAGACACCCCCAGGCUCAAGGUGUGGCUUCCAUUGAGGAACCUAGGCUGGGGCCACAACCGUGAAUAAACUCCGCUGGCCUGGAACCUUCAGCUGUGAGCAGGGCAGUCCUACAGUGCUGGUUGGGUGUUGGUUUGUAUGUGGACCAGAGAUGGCUGGAAGCUGGUGAGGGCUCAUGGCAGAGCUACCAGUCCUCCUUUCCCAGCAAUCCCUACAAGGAGCAUGGCAGGGCACAUGCUGGUCAGGAAUGCCUGGUUCCUGUGCCCUUGCCUGGCCUGCAUUCUUCCAAGCUUGCCUAGGGCCCAGCCCUGCUAGAGGCUACAGCACUUUACAAGCAAGGUCUGCCUUUUUCCAGCCCCAGGGCAAUGGGAGCUCUACAAAAGUGGGAACUUCCUUUCCCUCACUUCCUUUACCCUCUCGUUGGAGCAUUUCAGCCGUUUGCUACCUCGAUUCCUCCCGUGUUGGACAGAGGCUGGGGGCACAACAAGCCUGAUUUUUCCUGCCUACCUGCCCAUUUGUUCCCAGCCCCAGAUGGAUGGACAAUUUGCUGGCUGUUAAUAGGAGUAGGGACUGGUGUGGGAGGUUUCUCCCUCUACCCAGGGCUGGCCCGAUCCCUCCUCACUGCAACUAGCUGUUCUCCCCGCUACAAGUUGAGAGGGCAGAGGAUGGGGAGCAGGAAGGGCUCUGGAUGCCUGUGCCCCAUCCCACCUACUGUAUCUAAUCCCCCUUGCCCUUGCACAUCCACCACCCUGUGGUAAGGCACAGCACCCUAGGGCUGGUGCCAGUAGCUCUGAGGAGCCCACCACCCCUUUUCCCUACAGUAUACCCCUCCCUUCAGUAUCAGUCAAGAGAAAAGUACUGGAGCCCCUGGAUAGGGGCAGAAAGGAGAGAACAACCAUCAAUAGGAAUACUUAAAAUGUGAAAGCUUGUAAAUAGUCUAGUCCAUGAUGUUGGGGCAGAGUCUGAUUUCUACAUAGAAAUGACUUUUUUUUUUAAUCCCUUACUGUGCAAACUCUGUGCUUUAAGCGUGUGAGAAAUGGCUUGGGGAGGGUAGACCUCAAUCUAGGAAGGCUGUUGUGUUAUUUGUUCAAUAAAAUUAUUUGUAGACCCUGC